AAAACUUAAGUGUUUUGUCAUUUUUAAAACAGUUGACGGUUAGCGCACUGCGCUAAAAGACCAUUUGGCUUGCGCGAAACGAAUCUCAAUAGCAAAUUGCUAACAGAAAUCCCCUAAAAAGGUCGACCCCCUGAAGGUCAACGAAUAAUUGGGGGAUAAUUCGCACACUCUUCUCUAGCAUACACCACUCUGCUGUUUCCCUCCAGCAUAUCCCUCCAUUCUCUGCAGCAGCCAGCAGAUGCCGUGACGGUCGCCAUGAUGAUGUCGGGUUUUGCCUGCAGCAGCAGCAGCAGCAGCGAGCUGUGAGAGACACACACACGGCGACCGGGAGCGGAGCCGCGGAGUCGCGGAGUCCUCCAACUGACAUGAACGAGGGGGACGCGUAUUUCCAGCCCCUCGCCGCGAAGCUGCUCUCGACAAGUGCAUAACAGUUUAUAACAGCUCCCUCCGCCAGCGUUUCGUAUAUACGAAGAGAGGAAUUUAAAGGAAAACCAGCUUGCUAAGUCUUUCGCAGUCCUGCCAGAGGAGGGGCAUAUGGGGCUUUGUAGCAAUGCAGAUCUCGUGCUGCUGAUGCGCUUUUGUUACUGCAUAAUGGAUAACCACAGAUAUCACCAUAUCUCAGGGGAUUGCUUUAAACUUCUUUGGUGACUUGUUUUGUGAAAAGUGUCCUUCAAACGGGAAGCUGAAAUCGGGAAUACAUAGCCUAAGCCUAGGUUACAUACGUCAAAUCCACCGGCCAGGGCAGGGUCGAUGGCUGUAAGUUCUUUACAUCUAAGGACUGUGAAUUCAUGAUGUUGUGGAUUGAUAUGGACGCAUCGGUGCGAGAGGGACCAUGAUUAGGCUCGACAAUAUUUUCUGAGCCAUUAAGUUUUUCCGGAGCGUUCACGCAAGUGUGCCACUGGCCGGUCCCGUUUGCUACCGUGGGAGCAAAUACUGACCAUACUGUGAGACAUCAGCAGCAACUGAAAGCAUGUCUGGAGAGGUGCGUUUGAAGAAGCUGGAGAAGCUGAUUCUAGAUGGCCCGUCUCAGUCCACCGGCCAGUGCUUCAGCGUGGAGACCUUGUUAGAUAUUCUUGUUUGCCUGUAUGAUGAGUGCAAUAAUUCUCCCCUCAGAAGAGAGAAAAACAUCCUGGAGUUCCUAGACUGGGUCAAACCUUUCACAUCCAAGGUGAAACAGAUGCGCUUGCACAAGGAAGAUUUCGAGAUUCUGAAGGUGAUUGGACGGGGAGCGUUUGGAGAGGUUGCAGUAGUAAAGGUGAAAAAUACAGACAAAGUAUUUGCCAUGAAGAUUCUUAACAAAUGGGAAAUGCUCAAAAGGGCUGAGACGGCAUGUUUUCGGGAGGAACGGGACGUGCUGGUGAACGGGGACAGUCAGUGGAUCACAACGUUACACUAUGCUUUCCAGGACGAGAACAACUUGUACCUGGUGAUGGACUACUAUGUAGGGGGAGAUCUGUUGACUCUGCUCAGUAAAUUUGAAGAUCGUUUGCCUGAAGACAUGGCCAAGUUCUAUCUGGCCGAAAUGGUCUUGGCUAUUGACUCUGUGCAUCAGCUACAUUAUGUUCACAGGGAUAUUAAGCCAGACAAUAUCCUGAUGGACAUGAACGGUCACAUCCGACUGGCUGACUUUGGCUCAUGCCUCAAGCUCAUGGAAGAUGGGACAGUCCAGUCCUCUGUGGCAGUUGGGACCCCGGACUACAUCUCUCCAGAGAUCUUGCAGGCUAUGGAGGACGGGAAGGGGAAGUACGGGCCGGAGUGUGACUGGUGGUCUCUGGGUGUGUGCAUGUACGAGAUGCUGUAUGGAGAGACGCCCUUUUAUGCUGAAUCCCUGGUGGAGACCUAUGGAAAGAUCAUGAAUCAUAAGUCAUCUCAACCUAACAAUGAGGAGCGCUUUCAGUUCCCACUUCAGGUGACAGAUGUGUCUGAGGAGGCUAAAGAUCUCAUACGGCGGCUGAUCUGCAGCAGAGAACACCGGUUAGGCCAGAAUGGGAUCGAUGACUUCAAACAUCACCCCUUUUUCACAGGCAUCGACUGGGACAACAUCCGCACAUGUGAAGCCCCCUACAUCCCCGAAGUCAGCAGCCCCACAGACACUUCCAACUUUGACGUGGAUGAUGAUUGCUUCAAAAACUGUGAGACGUUGCCCCCACCUUCACACACACCAUUUUCUGGACACCACCUCCCAUUCAUAGGCUUCACCUACACAAGCAAAUGCACACUAUCAGAUCGAGGGUGUCUGCGGGAGUCCAUUGGACCACCACAGGUAGAUGCUGAUCUUCAGCGAAGCCUGGAGGAGAGCCUGGCCUCAGAGGCCUAUGAGAGGAGGAUCCGACGUCUAGAGCAGGAGAAGACCGAACUUGCACGUAAACUACAGGAGUCCACGCAAACAGUGCAGGCACUGCAGUACCCUGAUUCGGACGCCCCGGUGAAUGGCAAUAAAGAGGUAGAGAUCCGGAGUUUAAAGAGUGAGAUCGACAUCCUGAAGAAACAGAUAGCAGACUCUGGUCAAGUGGAACAGCAGUUGGAGGAGGCCAGCACGGUUCGAAGAGACCUGGAAGACUCUUCUAAGGUCAUCAGGAGCUUAGAGAAACAGCUGAAGAGUGUCACGCAAGAGAAAGAUGAUCUGCACAAGGAGCUGCUGGAGUUGGCAGAGAAAGUGAAGGCUCAGGGGAAGGAGCUAAAGGAGGCUCACAGUCAAAAGAUGGUGGCCAUACAGGAGUUCUCUGAGCUGAACGAGCAGCUGAGCGAUCUGCGCUCACAAAAGCAGCGGUUGAGCCGACAGUUCAGAGACAAAGAGGAGGAGAUGGAAGGAAUUUCGCAGAAACUAGAGGCUCUACGGCUAGAGAUUCGCAAAGCUGAGAGAAUGCGCAAAGAGUUGGAGGCCCAGGCCGAGGAGCAAGCAGCAGAAGCUCAGAAAGAGAGGAAGAUACGAGAGAGAACCGAACAGUACAGCAGACAGUUGGAGGAGGAACUGGAAGGGAUGAAGCAGUUGAAACAAACUGGGCCACCUCACGCAGCGGCAAGUUCAGACCAACAGCAGGAGCUGAUGCGCAUACGGGCAGAGCUGGAGAAGAAGAACGUGCAGUAUGAGGAGGAGUUGUGUCACAGAGAGACACUCCACAGCAGCGAGCUGAAGGGCCUGAAGAAGGAGCUACGCAAUGCUGAGGGUCAACACCUCACACUCCAGAAAGAGAUUCUCAUGCUCAAAGAUAAACUGGAGAAAACCCGCAGAGAAAGCCAAACUGAGCGAGAGGAGUUUGAGACGGAGUACAAGCAGAAGUACGAGAGGGAGAGAGCGCAUCUGACAGACGAAAACAAGAAGCUCGCAAGUGAAGUGGAGAAACUGAGCUCUAUAUAUGAGCAGCUCAGCAAUAGUCACAGGCAGCUGGAGGAGGAGAUGAGAGACUUGGCUGAUAAGAAGGAGAGCGUUGCCCAUUGGGAGGCCCAGAUCACUGAGAUCAUCCAGUGGGUGAGCGAUGAGAAAGAUGCUCGUGGUUACCUCCAAGCUCUAGCCACAAAAAUGACAGAGGAGCUUGAAGGGCUCAGGAACACCAGCUUGGGAGCCAGAGGAACGGACAUGCCGUGGAAGAUGAGGCGCUUUGCUAAGCUGGACAUGUCUGCACGUCUGGAGCUGCAGUCUGCGCUGGAUGCCGAGAUCAGAGCCAAACAGUCCAUCCAGGAUGAGCUUAACAAAGUCAAAGCAUCCAACAUUGCCACAGAAUGCAAAUUGCAAGAUUCCGAAAGUAGAAACCAGGAGCUGCUUUCAGAAAUUGAGAGGCUGAGGAAAGAGACAGAGGAGCUGAGACUGAGGAGAGGAGUGAAGCAUCAGGAUUCCCAGAAUUCUUUCUUGGCAUUUCUCAAUGCGCCCACUUCUGCUCUGGAUCAGUUUGAUGACUCAUUUUCUUCCUCUUCGUCUUCUUUAGUUGAAUUUUGCGAAGAUCGAUCACCCUCUUUUGGUCCUGGAAGCAAAACCAGACGUCUUGACUCUGCAGAUUUCACUCCCUCCAACACUCCGUCACGAGAUGAAGACUCAAGAUCUCGGCGUAUAUCACGCUCCCGCUCCCCAUCCACCGCCAGUGACAUGGAGCCUAUUGAGUUGAUUGACCACAUGUCACGUAGUCUUCAGGCUCCAACAGGAAGAUCAGGCUAUGGGAGCUUGGGACACUCAUCACUUAAGCCAAAGGUGCACCAGUUUAGUGUGAAGACCUUCACCGUUCCCACCAAAUGUGCCCAGUGUACCUCUCUAAUGGUGGGACUCAUCCGUCAGGGCUGCACCUGUGAAGCCUGCAACUUCUCCUGUCACGUCACCUGUGCUGAUAAAGCACCCUCUGUGUGCCCCGUCGCACCAGACCAAACCAAGGGCAAACUGGGAAUUGACACUCAGAGGGGCAUUGGGACUGCAUAUGAGGGCCAUCUUAGGAUACCAAAGCCCACAGGAGUGAAAAGGGGUUGGCAGAGGGUCUGGGCAGUGGUAUGUGACUUCAAACUUUUCCUGUAUGAGCUUGGAGAAGGGAAAGGUGCCCAGCCUGGUGUUACAGUUAACCAGGUCAUUGACAUGAGGGAUGAAGAGUUUUCCGCCAGCUCUGUUCUGGAGUCUGAUGUCAUCCAUGCUAACAAGAAGGAUAUCCCCUGUAUUUUUAGGGUAACAGCAUCUCAGCUGUCCGCCUCCUCCAGUCAGAAGACAUGCAUCCUGAUCCUUGCCGACAAUGAGCAAGAGAGGACGAAGUGGGUGUGUGCUCUGAAUGAACUGCACCGCAUCCUGAGGAAAAACAAGCUGAAGGAGCGCUUCGUGUAUGUGCCUAAAGAAGCGUAUGACAGCACCCUUCCUCUCAUCAAAACCACCCAGACUGCUGCUAUUAUAGACCAUGAACGGGUUGCUUUGGGGAAUGAGGAAGGCCUGUUUGUAAUCCACGUCACCAAAGACGAAAUUGUGCGCGUGGGUGACAUUAAGAAAGUGCAUCACGUAGAACUGAUGCCCACAGAGCACCUAAUGGCCGUCAUCUCGGGCAGGAACCGACAAGUGUGUCUGCUCCCCAUGGCGGGGCUCGAUGGAAGGGAGAUUGACAAGAAUAAGGUGGCAGAUACUAAAAACUGCCAGGCACUGGUGUCUGGUGUGGUGCGCAAUAGCACCUGCUUCUGCCUCGCCAGUAAACGUCAGAUCUCCUGCUAUGAAAUUAACAAGAGCAAGUCUCGCUACUGCCAUCUGAUGGACAUACAAGCUCCAGGAAUUGUCCAGUGGAUGGUGCUCUUCGGCCAGCAAUUAUGUGUAGGCUACCAAGCGGGCUUCAUGCGCUACAGUUUGCAUGGAGAUGCCCCUCCGGUCAGCUUACUUCACCCAGAUGACCCCACGUUGGCGUUUAUUAGGGCAGACAACUUGGAUGCCCUUUGUGCAGUGGAAAUCUCCCAUAAAGAACGGCUGCUCUGCUUCAGCAAAAUUGCAGUGUAUGUGGACACACAUGGCAGACGCUCGCGCCAGCAGGAGCUGAUGUGGCCCGCGACGCCCACCGCCUGCUGCUACAACGCCCCCUACCUGUCAGUCUACAGUGAAAAUGCAGUGGAUGUGUUUGAUGUGAACACUAUGGAAUGGAUUCAGACCAUUCCUCUCAAAAAGGUCCGGCCGUUGAACAUGGAUGGAUCUUUGAAUCUCCUUGGCCUAGAGACGGUCAGACUCAUCUACUUCAGAAACAAGACUGCAGAGGGGGACGAACUGGUGGUGCCUGAGGUGUGUGAUAACAGCAGGAAGCAGAUGGUACGCAGCAUAAGCAGCAAGAGACGAUUCUCAUUCCGUAUUCCUGAGGAGGAGAGACUGCAGCAGAGGAGAGACAUGUUGAAAGAUCCAGAGAAAAGGAACAAGUUGAUCUCAAACCCUAUGAAUUUUAACCAUGUGGCUCAUAUGGGUCCUGGAGAUGGAAUGCAGAUCCUCAGAGAUCUACCAAUGAAUUUGUGUGCUCAGGACAAUCGAGCCGGGUUCAGCGGUUCCGUCAGCAUCCCCUCAAUCACCAAAAACCGAGCCGAACCUGGGCGAUCCAUGAGCGCAAGCAGUGGUCUAGGAAUGCGGUCCUCCUCUCAGAACGGCAGCGCUCUGAGGAGAGAGCUUUCGGGCAGCAGCUACAGCUCUAAACGCCAGACCAUGACGUCACCCUCCGAGAGCUCGCUGUCAUCAGGAGGGGGGAUGGACGUGGGCGAAGCGCCACUCUCUCAGUUUGAUAGAGAGUGGCAGGCGGUAUCGCCCUCGGAGAAGACCCCUGAUCUGAAAAGGGCUUUAAGGACCCUGCUUAGUAAAAUGAAGGACUCUGAUUCGCCCCGGCACUCCACUGCCUCCAACAGCUCCACCUUCAGCAGCCCGCCGAGCCCCGCCUCCCCGCACAAGACAAAGUCCCUCUCACUGGAGAGCACAGACCGUACGGCGUGGGACACAUGAUGGACUCAACAAUGAACCAAUCACAACAAACUCUGAGUCUGCCCCUCCCAGGCACUACAGGCCACUCCCACUUAAUUUGCAUAAGGGAACAUACAAAGGAGAACCCACACCAACACCAGAGUUUGUAUGUUUGAGUGACCAGGACACGCAGAAGCUGAUUGGAGGAAAAAGUGGAAGUUAAUUCUGGAUUUGAAUGUAACUGGUGUUUGUACAUAGAGCGGGUUAGGGGUGAACUUUUUAUUUAUUUAGCAUUCAGCCAUUUCAAGGUGGAAAAUACUGUCACAUCCCUCACUCUGUUCUUCAGCUGUGGACCGUACGGGAAUGAUGAUUGCAUUAUAGAAUCCCACAAAAAAAUGCAAUGAUGUAUAUUUUUUAUUUGCUUUUAAAAGUGAUGUGUGCAGUGAUUCGUUUGUUACUUCAGCUAAAUGGAUGAGAGACCGCAGAUAUCAGGCGACCUCAUCUAUCGCUUCCUGUCCUAGAUUUGUCGGAAUUUCUAGAGGCUUUCUGACACGACGUCUCCACGUAAUCCGAACCUUCCGUGAGCCAACAUGACCUGUGAAAACGCUUCACAGUAAUGUACAUAGGUUAAAAGUAUAGUAUAAUAUAUAAUAAGGAAAUAUUGAAGAGAUAAACUAUGUGGGGAAAAAAAUCUCAUUGCUUUUAUUUAAAAAAAAUUAUUUUAAUAUACUCGCGCCAAGACCAUUUAAAAAGCUUUAGUUGCGUCAUUUAUUUUAUUUUUGGUUUAUGAGACGGUACUACUGCCUUGUGUAUUUUAAUUCUUUGUCAUCAGCUUGUUUUUAAAUAACAGGAAUUUUAAGAUUUUUGUGAGACACAGGGCAAGCUGUUUUACUACAAGCGUGCUUAAACUGUAAAAUCUGCAUCAUGUUUGGUCUCCGCAUUGACCGAAACUGUACAAAUAUCAGCAAGGUUGCAUACAAAUAUCAUAUUUCUGCAAUCUAGAAACUGUUAAGUCCAAAUUGUGGAACUGGUCCAACAUGUAAUCUUGAGAUUUGCAGACAGACAAAAGACAUUUCGUUUUGUUCCUGGUUUCAUCUAAUGUUACACUAUGGGAAAUACUUUGCUUCUCCCACAUAGUUUGGCUCUUUCUUCCUUGGAAAAAUGUAUUUUCAGAAAACUUUUUCAUGGAUAAUUCAGUAAUUUUAUCCCGUUAGGUGUUACAACAUUCACCACUGCUAUUAAAUGUAAGGUUAAACUUUACCAUUAAAAUAUAUUACAAGAAUCUGCUCCCACAAUGCCAGGAUGUAUUUGUCAUUAUGUAGUUGUCAGAUUGCGUUUCUUGUGGUUCCAAGAGCAUUUAUUCCAUGAAAUGUUUAAAACUUCGUCUAAUAAGCGACACAGUCUUCACUUUGUUCCUUAUUCAGUUUGCAGUUGCACAAGAAAGAGAGUCUUCCGUCUCAUGCAGGCUUCACGACUUGAUUUCUGCACCAGAUUCAGUUCCUUCCAUGAAGUGGGAAACUCGGUUAAUUUGAUUAAUUUGUAAAAAGGGUUACAAUCAAAUUAAAUCAUUCCAUCUGUAGUAAGCAACAGCAAUGGAAAAAAAACAUUUGGGUGGAAACCUACUAGAGACUUCCAGUCAAAUGAAAAUGUCUUUGCAUUUCAGCGACCUCUUAGACAUUACAUUUAUCUGUGCUCAUUCUCAUCUCACUUCAUUCUUUUUUCAGGAUAAUGCUUUGUAAUCAUUUGUACAGUUUCGCAUGUCAUAAUUGAUCAUUCCAUAUGUUUCAUGCUUGUAUUUUGUUUCUCACUCACUUGACAAAGGUGGAUAUCACUUCAAACGAGGAUGAAUCGUUUUGCACAGAUGUAAGGUCAAUCAAAGACUGGAUAAACUGGCCACUAUGCAUAUAUGGAGACGUUACUAUAUUAACCUGA